UUCAAAAUCAAAAACCAGUAACAGGCAAAACCCCAACGAAAAUCUCAGACAAGAUUUACGCUCGAAAUUUUUCAAAUUUCAAAACCCUAAAGCCCUCCCCCAAAAAGGAAAAAAAAUCUCUCAGCAAGCAAAUUCAAGUCUUCUCCUUUUAAUCCAUGGCCCUAGACAACAAAACCAAUACUCUAGAGGCGCGCAUUGACAAUCGAGGAGACGAAUCGGAUCCGGAAUCCGAAGAGGACUUGGAGGAGCUGGAAUCGGAUGUGAAGAAAAUGGCGGAGAAGAUUCUAGAAUACAGAGCCACUAUUCCAGAUCAGCUCAAAACCACUCUUGAUUCAAUUCUCUCUUCUCAAAGACCCAAUUUGCCCGGCAUCGAUGACGGGUCCGAGCCUGGACCAUCCGGAGAGCAUAAUGCAGAUUCAGAAGCGAUUGAAUUAGAUAAAGAGCAAAGGACGGAAGAGAAGAUUCGAUUACUUAGAGAAAAAAUUUCAAGUAAUAUUUCAGCUAUGCCAGUUGUUUUGAAGAGGAUGAAAGAGUGUAUUGCCAGGAUUGAGAAGGUUGACUCUUCCAAUGGCAUUAUACAUCCAGCUUUUAAAAAGAGAAAAAUCAGUUGAUCCAAUGAAGGAUGAUUUUUCCAUAAUUGACAUGUGUGGAAAUGGUGGAUCCAUUGCAUCUAGACUUGGAAGAAAAGGGUAAUUGGAUUUGGGAGGUUUUUUUCCCACAUAGGUGUAAUUACUUGAAACCAUUGCUUUUGGUGCCUCGGUUGAUAAUAUAUUACAAAGGGGCAUCAUUGCUGUAUUGAUAUGCAAAUUUUUUUGUACUAGUGUUUCUUUUGCUGCUCAAUUCUGCCAAGAUUUCAUGUGUGUUCCAGAAAUGUAGAGCUGUUUGAAUGUAAUUAUUGUUAGCAUUGACUUUUGCUUGAAGUUUGUAGCCUUUGGUGUUUCUUUA